UUAGAGAUUUACAUUAUCCUGUUAGAGAAACCACAAGGCAAAGUGUUUAGAGAUUUUGAACAUUUAGAAAGCUGGUACCGUUCAUUUUUGCCAGAGAAUACCUUUCGCUCCAACAAAUCACGUUUGUUGCAUUCCUACCGCCAUGUGGUUACUGGGUUUGCUGCAAAACUGACAGCAGAAGAAGUGAAUUCAAUGGAAUAUAAGGAAGGGUUUGUAACAGCCCUCCCUGGAAGUUUGGUGCGUCUGCACACGACCCAUACUCCUAGCUUCUUGGGCCUGCAGCAAAAUUUAGGAUUUUGGAACUAUUCGAAUUAUGGCAAGGGAGUGAUUAUUGGCCUUGUCGACAGUGGAAUAACGCCUGAUCAUCCUUCAUUUAGCAGUGAAGGGAUGCCUCUUCCACCAGCAAGAUGGAAAGGAAAAUGCGAAUAUAAUGAAACUUUGUGCAACAACAAGAUUAUUGGUGCAAGAAACUUUAAUAUGGACAGCAAGGACACAUCAGACGAGUACAAUCAUGGGACCCACACAGCUAGUAUAGCAGCUGGAAGCCCUGUGCAAGGUGUCAACUUCUUUGGUCAGGCAAAUGGCACUGCAAGUGGUGUAGCACCAUUAGCGCACUUGGCAAUGUAUAAAAUUUCUAACGAGGCUACCACAAGUGAGAUAUUGGCAGCAAUAGAUGCUGCCAUUGAUGAUGGUGUUGACGUCCUAUCACUUUCCAUUGGCAUCGAUUCUCAUCCUUUCUAUGAUGAUGUGAUCGCAAUUGCUGCAUAUGCAGCCAUUCGAAAGGGUAUCUUCGUGAGUUCCUCAGCAGGGAAUGAAGGUAAGGAUAAAGGUCCCUUAUCAAAUGAGGCCCCAUGGAUGCUAACCGUAGGAGCAAGCACUGUAGAUAGAACAAUAAGAGCAACAGUAUUACUGGGAAAUAACACAGAGCUAAACGGUGAAUCCCUCUUCCAGCCUAAAGAUUUCCCUUCUACAAUGUUGCCCCUUGUUUAUGCAGGUGAAAAUGGUAAUGCAUUAUCUGCGUCCUGCAUGCCAGGAUCAUUGAAAAAUGUUGAUGUCAGAGGCAAGAUAGUGUUGUGUGAAAGAGGAAGUGCACAUGAUAUGAUCUUUAAAGGCGAAGUAGUGAAACGCAAUGGAGGUGUUGCCAUGAUUGUGAUGAAUGGCCAAUCUGAUGGCUUUAUUAUAAGUGCUGAUCUUCAUGUGCUCCCUGCAUCACAUGUGAGUUGCAUGGCAGGAUUAGCAAUCAAAGCUUAUAUAAACUCGACAUCAUCGCCAAUUGGUACAAUCUUGUUUGAAGGAACUGUAACUGGCUUGCCAGAGGCGCCCCAGGUUGCUGAGUUUUCCUCGAGAGGUCCUAGCAAGGCAAGUCCAGGAAUCUUGAAACCAGACAUAAUAGGCCCUGGUGUAAAUAUUCUAGCUGCUUGGCCAGUUUCAGAAGAAGAGGCUCCCAACAGAUUCAACAUGAAGUCAGGAACCUCAAUGUCUUGCCCUCAUCUCAGUGGUAUUGCAGCCCUGCUCAAAAGUGCCCACCCUGAUUGGUCACCUGCUGCCAUAAAAUCUGCCAUCAUGACCACCGCUAAUGUCUUUAACCUUGACGGCAAGCCCAUUACAGAUCAACAAUUUGUUCCUGCUACUUACUUUGACAUUGGCGCAGGCCAUGUGAAUCCAUCAAGAGCAAAUGAACCAGGGCUUAUUUACGAUAUCCAACCUGAUGAUUACCUUCCUUACUUAUGCGGUCUGGGUUACUCUAACAAACAAGUAGGAGUUAUCACACAACGUAGAGUGAACUGCUCCAAGAAUUUAAGCAUGCCUGAAGCUCAGCUGAAUUACCCUUCAUUUUCUGUCAAAUUGGGGUCUUCACCACAAACUUGUGCAAGAACAGUAACAAAUGUUGGCAAGCCUAACUCAUCUUAUAUCCUUGAGACCUUUGCACCGAGAGGUGUGGAUGUAAAGGUAACGCCUAAUAAAAUUACUUUCACUGGUUUAAACCAGAAAGCUACAUACACGAUAGCAUUUAGCAAAAUGGGAAACACCAGCGUCUCUUUUGCUCAAGGGUACCUGAAUUGGGUAGCUGAUGGGUAUAGUGUUAGGAGCCCAAUAACUGUCAUAUCUCAGUAA